AUGGAAGAGCUAAAGAACCCAAUUACCUUUCAGUGCAUCUCCUGCAGCACGAUCGUCACCGACUCUUUUUUUCUCCUGGAGAGAGUAGACAGCAGCCUCCUAUUCACCGCAGCGCCUAACACCACGCUAAACAAAGAAGUAGUUAGCACGCGCAACAAUGCUCCUAACGACGCAGCCAGUGCGUCCUGCUCCUAUUCUGCAGUGCACUGCCUGUGCGGCGAAGAAAUAGGAAGAAAGUAUCUUACGGUAAACAGUCUUCUAACCAACUGCCUAAACAACUACCUUAUAAAUAUAAAGAGCAUCAGAGGGUACCAGCUAGGCAUAAAGACACAGCAGACAGAGCACGCCGUGAUGACCAACUCAGAAAUAAACACAGAAAUAACUAAACUGCAAAGGUUCUGUACUUUCCUAUACAGUAAAAUAAAAGAGAUAAAAUAA